UCCUAUGACAAUAAUGAGGCUGCAGUGGGUGUUGUGAGUGUGCCUGUAUAUACCCUCUGACUUCAGAGACCUCUCUCUCAAUCACUGUUCCCUGGGGGCGCUCUCUACGGAGUCCUUGUCUGACCUAGGAAUGUUGUCCAAGUACCAACUGAGUGUUGAGCAAGUGGACAGGUUCUGGAGAGACGGUUACUUGUCCAAUGUCCGUGUGCUGAGUGAGGAACAAUGUGAACAGAUACUAGCAGAGUAUGAACCUUUCAUGGACCCUGGCCAGCUACACCCUACCCUGGACACGAAUUGUUCUAUGAGUUCCAUCACAACCAGAGUGGGUCACCUGACAAUGUCCUCUUGCACGCCCUCGGCCAGUGGAGGAUCUCUCCAGCCUUCCAUGACCUUUGCUUUCUACCCUCUAUUGCAAUCCCAGCCUCACAGCUGAUCCAUGAAUCUAAAAAACCAACUUCUAUUUGACUGUGGCAUGACCAGUUGUUUGCCAAGCCUCCUCGUCAUGGAGGAGUGGUCGCUUGGCAUCAAGACUAUUCCUAUUGAACACGGACCAAGCCAAUAUGUCACAUGACUGUUCACAUUGCACUGGACGAUCAGACAGUGGAGUCAGGUGGACUACACUUUGUACCCUGCUCACACCGUUGGCAAAGGAACGGAAUGCCCCUACCUAUCACAGACCCUAAGUUUGAAGAUAUGGAGUCUAUUUUCUCUGUGCUGAAUGAUAGUGAGAGAGAGGGUUUCAAACCAGUGCCCUCGGGACUCAAGCGAGGGGAGGCCAGCUUCCAUUACCCACUCACUGUACACGGUACUUUUGCCAACA